GGAUACAUGACACAGUUGUUUGGGAGGAAAGCUUUCUUCUGGAAAACCGUUAACGUCCACAAAACUACCGACGAGGUUUGGACAUCGUAACGGCUGAUAGCGCCGUCUAAAGUCGGCCGCGAUGGAGGCGGUCCCCCGGAUGCCGAUGAUCUGGCUGGAUUUGAAGGAGGCAGGAGAGUUCCAGUUCAGCCCGUCCGUCAGGCAGUUCAUCUUGAAGAACUAUGGAGAGAAUCCGGACAACUACAACGAACAGCUGAAGAAACUGGAGACAAUGCGGCAGAGCGCAGUGAAUGUGACGAGGGAUUUCGAGGGAUGCAGCACACUGAGGAAGUACUUCGGCCAGCUGCAUUACCUCCAGAGCAGAGUUCCCAUGGGAUCGAGCCAGGAGGCUGCUGUACCCAUCUCAUGGACUGAAAUUUUCUCUGGAAAAACAGUCACACAUGAUGACAUCAGCUAUGAGCAAGCCUGCAUCCUCUACAAUCUUGGGGCCCUGCACUCCAUGUUGGGAGCCAUGGAUAACAGGGUGUCUGAGGAGGGGAUGAAGGUGUCGUGUACCCACUUCCAGUGCUCUGCCGGGGCAUUCUCCUACCUGAGAGAUCAUUUCAGCCACAACUUCAGUGUGGACAUGAGCCACCAGAUCCUUAACCUCAACAUCAACCUUAUGCUGGGCCAGGCUCAGGAGUGUCUUCUGGAAAAGUCCAUGUUGGACAACAGGAAGAGUUUCCUGGUUGCACGCAUCAGCGCUCAGGUGGUGGAUUACUACAAAGAGGCCUGCAGGGCUCUGGAGAACUCGGAGACAGCCUCCAUGCUGGGGAAGAUCCAGAAGGACUGGAAGAAACUGGUUCAGAUGAAAAUCUACUACUUUGCUGCUAUUGCACAUCUCCAUAUGGGAAAACAGGCUGAGGAGCAGCAGAAGUACGGAGAGCGGUUAGCAUACCUGCAGAGCUCCAUGGAUAAACUCAGUGAAGCCAUCAAGCUGGCCAAGGGUCAACCUGACAGUGUGCAAGAGGCCUUGAGAUUCACCAUGGAUGUUAUCGGUGGAAAGUUUAAUUCAGCCAAAAAGGACAACGACUUCAUCUAUCAUGAGACGGUUCCCUCUCUGGAGACUCUGGCCUCAGUCAAAGGUGCACCACUGGUGAAAGCUCUACCAGUCAACCCCACCGACCCCAGCGUCACUGGACCAGACCUGUUUGCCAAGUUGGUGCCAAUGGCUGCUCAUGAAGCCUCUUCUCUGUACAGUGAGGAGAAGGCCAAGCUGCUGAGGGACGUCAUGGUCAAGAUAGAAAGCAAGAAUGAGACACUAGAACAGUUCAUGGACUCUCUGGGCUUGGAGCCGGAGUCUGUGGACAACCUGGACAUGUACAGUCACAUCCCUCCGGUCCUGAUGGAGAAAUGUGCUGCGCUCAGCGUUCGACCCGACACCGUCAAGAGCCUCAUCCAGUCUAUGCAGGUGCUCUCGGGCGUCUUCACUGAUGUGGAGUCUUCACUGAAGGAGAUCAGGGACGUCCUGGAGGCAGACGAGGCCGGCGUGCGAGCCCUCCAGGAGGUCGGCGGCCCCGCUGCUGGCGAGAUGCACCCAGCGGCGCAGGGUCAGGCUCUGGCCGAGAUCCGCAGGGACCUGGAGAAGUACAUGGAGGCCCACGAAAAGGCCAGUUUCACCAACACGGAGCUCCACCGGGCCAUGAACCUGCACAUCAGCAACCUGCGUCUGCUGGGGGGGCCGCUGGAAAGUCUGAGAGAGGCCCUGCCCCGGCCCCAGCUCAGUGAAGAGGAAGUAGCAGGGCUGCAGUGUAUGAAGCGGAUCCUGGGGAAGGUGCAGGAAAUGAGGGAACAGAGAAGCUCUUUAGAGAAACAGCUCCGCGACCUCAUCCAGCAGGACGACAUCACCUCCACCCUCGUCACCACUGACCGGGCCGACAUGAAGCGUAUAUUUGAGGACCAGCUGAAGAAGUACGAGCAGGUGAAGGUGUACAUUGACCAGAACCUGGCGGCUCAGGAGAACAUCCUGAAAGCUCUGACGGAGGCAAAUGUUCAGUACGCCUCAGUUCGCAAGGGCCUGAGUCAGACCGAGCAGCAGUGGAACAGCACGGUCCAGGGACUGGUGGGCUCGUACGAGGCCUACGAGGACCUGAUGAAGAAGUCACAGGAAGGGAAGGAGUUCUACGAUGACCUGGAGGCCAAAGCGUCCCGUCUGCUGGAGAGAGCCAAGGCCCUGUGUCAGACGAGGGCAGAGGAGAGGAAGCCCGUCCUGGAAAAAGAGACUCAGAAAAAGCCUCCAGCACGGCCCACAGCGGCUAAACCCUCCCUGAAGCCAAAGGCUCCAGAUGCCGACUCUGCCUGCUCCAGCCUGGAGGACCCGGAGCUGGCCCAGCUCAGUGCAGCCAUCUUGGCCUUGGGGGGUGACCUACCUGAGGAGCUCCGCAGCCUCCCCCCUGACAUGUCAGCCCUCCCCACCACUCGUAUGCCCGGUCCGGAAGCCUUCAUCCCUCCUGGUGCUAACCUGGCCGGCAGCAGCUCUCUGCCUUGGCCUGGUGCUCCAGCUGCUGGUCUUCCUCGCUUCCCCGCCAACCUACCGCCUCCAGAACUUCUGGCACGGAUAGCUCAGUUUCCUACUUCAGGGGCUCUAGCAGCACAGGGGCCCCUGCCACGAGGGCCCCUCCCUCAGAUGACUCCACAGAUGCCUCCGCAAAUGCCACCCCAGGCAGCGGUGUCAGGCUAUCGGCCACCCCCUCCUCAGGCUCCACAACCUGGCCCUGUUGCCCCGACACCAGUCCGGCCUUCAACCACCACUGUGGACAGCAUCCAGGCCCCCAUCCCCAGCUACGCCCCCACACCACACCACCCUGUCCCACCUGCAGCCUCAGCGGGCUACACUGUGCCUCCACAGAUGGGGGCCUAUCCACAGUUUAUGCCCCAACCAGGGAUGCCCAUUCGAGGCCCAGGGCAAACUGCUGCGCCCCAACCUCAGCAGCAGAAGCACCCCCAGCAGUACCCCCAACCCCUCCCUCAGGGGUACCAGCCUGGACCAAGGGCUAUUCCUGGCCCUCACCCUCACCCUCCCCAGCAAGCCUACCCCCAUGGAUAUAUGCCCCCACAGCCUGGUGUUCCUCCCCAGUACCAACAGGCAUUCCCUGGGCAGCUGCAGCCUCAGCAACAAAAUGGCUUUCAGCCUCGGAUACCCCAGGGCUAUCAGACUCCACAGGGCUUUGUGCCCCAGCCGCACCCCCAGAUGAUGCCGGGCUCCAUGCCAAGGCCCCCUCAGGUCCAGAUGCCCCCUCAUGCUGCGCACCCACAAAUGCCCUCAACGUCUCAGCCAGCUCCCCCUGUAUCUCAGCCCUACCUGCCCCAUCCCAGCCAACAGAUGCCCCCCGGACUCCCUCACCAACACAUGUUGCCCCCCAAUGCCCAGCAGAUUCCGCCCCACCCACAGAUGCAGAUACCAGGUGGUCCCAGAGCACAGAUGCCCCCAACAAGUCAGCCAAUGCCUCCAGUCUCACAGAACUACAUGCCCCCCACUAGCCAGCCCAUUCACCCCACCCUGCACCCACAGGUGCCUCCUGCCUCACAACCUCAUAUGGUCCCUGGUCCUCAGGUCCACCUGCCAAGGGGCCCUAUGCCCCAAAUGCCCCCCGGUGCUUUACCCCAGCAGCACCACCCCCACCCUGGACAGCCCCCUGUACCAAACAUGCCCCAGCAGCCCAUGCGGAUGCCCAGCCAACCCCAGGCUCAGCCCCCUCACUCUGGGGGAGUGUGCUACCCAGGAGGGCCUCCAAUGAUGCCCCAGCAGCCCCUAGCACCACAGCCCGCGGCUCCCCAACAGCCUCAGGCCCCUCUCCCCAUGACCCAUCCUCAACCCUCUACUAUGUACCCUUCAGCUCCAGGACCAAACGUACCUCCAAGUGCCCCGCAGCAGCCCACUUCCAUGGGCCCACAUGGUCCUCACGUCCCCCCAACACAGCACAUGAUGCAGCCCUCACCUGGAGGUCCUUCAACGGCUCAAGCACCCAACACGGUCCCUCCUUCCCCGUCUCCUUCCCCCUCUCCGUCCCCCUCUCCAGGUUCUACCUCUCUGGGGCUGAACCCUCAGCAGAGACCCACACCAACCCCCACCCCCGGAGGCACAGCCCAACCCACUCUUCCCUCUCCCUCUACUGUCUCUCCCUCCACGUCGCUUUUUCAACGGCAGAACUCCAGCACAGACGACCUCCUCUCGUCGAGCCCAGAGAGCCAACCAGGAGGCACCAAGGCCCCCACCAACGUCCUCCAGCCCACUAAAGCCGACCCGCAGGAUGGCGAGCGUCGAAAGAAGAGCUCACAGGGAGUUCUCUUGAUCCAGGGCGACCCUUACCAAGCUCCGGAGCGUGUCGCCCGGCUUCACAGUGAACUGGAACGUUACAGAGCCCAAGUAGACUCCCUGGAGCACCCCUCGGAGACCGAGGGUGGCCUGUCGGUGCUGGACGCCCGCUGGAAAGAGCUGCAGGACCAGCAGGAGAAGGACGCCCGCCAGCUCUCCAUCGCCAUCGCCCGCUGCUACACCAUGAAGAACCGUCACCAGGAUGUCAUGCCCUACGACCUCAACCGCGUGGUACUGCAAUCGGGCAAAGACGACUACAUCAACGCCAGCUACGUGGAGGACCUGUCGCCGUACUGCCCGCGCCUUAUCGCCACACAGGCUCCGCUCACCGGCACGGCCGCAGACUUCUGGCUGAUGGUGUAUGAGCAGAAGGUGUCACUGAUAGUCAUGCUGGUUUCAGAGCUGGAGCUGGAUAAGGGAAAAGUUCUGCGCUACUUCCCAACAGAGCGCGGCCAGCAGCUCUCUCAGGGACCAAUCACACUCAGCCUGACCACGCAGAAGACGACGCCGACGCACGUGGAGCGCAUGAUCAGCCUGCAGUACCGCGACCAAAGCCUGAAGCGCACCGUCGUCCACCUCCAGUUCACCUCCUGGCCCGAGCUCGGUCUUCCUGACAGCAAGAGCAACCUGCUGCGAUUCAUCCAGGAGGUUCAUGGACACUACCUCCACCAGAGGCCCUUACACACACCUGUCGUGGUGCACUGCAGCUCGGGCGUCGGACGCACCGGCGCGUUCUGUCUGCUGUACGCCGCUCUGCAGGAGCUGGAGGCGGGAAACGGGAUCCCAGACCUCCCACUGCUGGUGAAGAAGAUGAGGCAGCAGAGGAAGAACAUGCUGCAGGAGAAGCUCCACCUGAAGUUCUGCUAUGAGGCCGUGUUGAAACACGCCGAGCACGUCCUGCAGCGCCACGGCAUCACUACUGCCACCUGCAGCAAGAACACCAACUCUGCAGCCACAAAGCCUUACUUGAGACAGGAGUCCCAGCAGGAUAUCGUCCUCGGCGGCGACAUGCCCAUCAGCUCCAUCCAAGCCACCAUCGCCAAGCUCAGCAUCCGGCCGCCCAGCGCCACAGACCCGGCCAUGGAGGCCCAGUGUGGCCUGGAGGAGCAGGUCGGCACCUUCUUACCUGACCUCGACUCUCUGGGCGACAUCCAGCCGCUCCAGGACCCCUGUCACCCUACAGACGCCCAACCCCCUUCCUCCUUCAGCCCGCCUCUCUCCUCCCCUGCCCACUCUCCACCCCCACCCAACGGCCUGGAUGCCGUCUCCCCUUCCCCUCCAGCAGCCAACCACCAGCCGGUCCCAGAGGCUGCGCCGAGCAUCAGCCCGCCUCCUGCUUCCUCUGCUCCUGCUCCUUCGUCUCUGGAGCUGCUGGCUUCGCUGACGCCCGAGGCCUUCUCCAUGGAGGGAGGAGGGAAAGGGAAGCAGCGGGUCACCAAACAGAGCUUCCUGCAGCCGGCAGAGGGUCAGGGUCUCCACGGGACUCGAGAGGAAAAAGGUGACGACCCGCUCAGUAGCCUGGACCCACUCUGGAGCCUCAACAAGCACUGAGACGAGUCCACGGCACGCUGCCUUUGUCUCACUCCACCACCAGGCGUCGCGGAGGCCUGUAGCUUUCUAAUCUCGCUUUUAAGAAAAAAAACACGCUGAAUCCUGGGAAAGCUGGUGACGUGUUAGCGGUGUAGAUUACCAAGAUGUGCCUGGUGGCAGAUGGUAGGGGUUCAGUUUUGAAGUUUGGUGAAUUUCCACUGAAACACAAACACACUCGCUUCUCCUUCCAUCACCGGCGGCUUCUGGGACCAGAUCACUAUGCACUCGUCUCGUAUCCGUUCAUUCCUCCUGUCGCUUUUCUGCUGCUUUUCUUUACAUGUAUGUGAUGGAUGGAACCUGUUCUGCACUUCCAGCACCAGAUCUGGGCACGACAACAACUACAACAAAAAAAAACUCCCAGCAUGCACUCCAUUAUCACAGUCUCAUCAAGGCAUCACCAGGUAGUGACAGUGUUCGGCUGCUCCCUUCUGCGCUGGUCUGCGAUCGUUUUAAUGUCUGCAAUAACGGAUGAGUGGAGCUGAAGCAGACAGGCUGAAGGAGCUGGGUGGAGCUAUUUUUUAAGACACAAAAAAAAAAAAA